AAAAGGGCUUGAGCAUACAACUAGACCAGCUGAGUAAUAUCCACGGCUGCCUACCCGGAGAAUCCGAAUCAGGCCCGCUUUAGCUGUUGGUUUCGCUUUCUCUUCUCAUCUCUAGUGGCAGCGUCCAGGCUUAGCUUGCGUUUCGCUUCUUUAAGCUAUUUUGUACGAUAGGGAAAUUGGGAGAAUGCUGAAUCACUUGACAUAAAGAAAAAUUAGGUGGAACCAGGACAUAACCUUUUGGUCCCCAUGCCAAAAUGCCCUCUAUACGACAGUUCCAUCUUCAAGACAUCAACCAGGUUAACAACUACUUUUAUAUGAUCCUAAGCAAGUUCCCUUUUCAUUUUGCACACUUUCAUUUUUCAGUUCUUACAAUUCCACCGAAUGGAAUUAUUGGAACUGAACCCCAAAACAACAAUGACCAGAAUAACCAUCUUCAAAACAGUAAUCAACCUGAGUCCUCAAUAUCUGAUAAAAUCUUCAAUUCAGCUCCAAAAAUGGGUUCUUACAAGCUGGGUGAUUCAACAUUUUACUCGCUCAUUGAAAACUAUGCCAAUUUGGGUGAUUUUAAGUCAUUGGAGAAUGUUUUGGAUCGAAUGAGACUUGAAAACAGAGUCUUUACAGAAAGGAGUUUUGUUCUUAUGUUUAAGGCUUACGGGAAAGCUCAUUUACCUGAAAAGGCCAUUGAAUUAUUUGAUAAAAUGUGCUAUGAAUUUCAGUGUAAACGAACGGUAAAGUCAUUUAACUCGGUUCUUAAUGUUAUUAUACAAGAGGGCCUUUACAAUCGUGCUAUGGAGUUCUAUAAUUAUGUUGUUGGUGCGAGACACAUGAAUAUAUCACCUAACUUACUUAGCUUUAAUUUGGUUAUCAAGGCUAUGUGUAAGCUUGGAUUGGUUGAUGAAGCAAUUGAGGCAUUUAGAGAGAUACCAAUUAGGAAAUGUGUACCUGAUUCUUACACUUACUGUACAUUGAUGGAUGGGCUUUGCAAGGAGGAUAGGAUUGAUGAGGCGGUUUCUUUGUUAGAUGAAAUGCAAAUUGAGGGGUGUUUUCCUAGUCCAGUUAUGUUUAAUGUGUUGAUUAAUGGGUUAUGCAAGAAGGGUGAUUUAACACGGGUGACAAAGCUUGUUGACAAUAUGUUUCUUAAAGGUUGUGUUCCUAAUGAAGUGACCUAUAACACACUUAUUCAUGGUUUGUGCUUGAAGGGGAAUUUGGAUAAAGCACUUAGUCUUUUGGAUCGGAUGGUUCUGAGUAAAUGUGUGCCUAAUGAAGUCACAUAUGGAACAAUCAUUAAUGGGCUUGUUAAGCAAGGAAGAGCUCUUGAUGGGGUUCGUGUGUUACUUUUGAUGGAAGAAAGAGGACAUCAUGUGAAUGAGUAUGUUUGUUCAGUGCUAGUUAGUGGGUUGUUUAAGGAGGGAAAGUGUCAGGAGGCAAUGAAAUUGUUCAAGGAGUCGGUAGAGAAAGGAUGCAAACUCAACACUAUUCUAUACAGUGCUCUUGUAGAUGGUUUGUGUCGAGAGGGAAAGCCAGAUGAAGCAAUGCAAAUUCUUUAUGAGAUGGCAAAUAAGGGUUGCAAACCCAAUGCUUUCACUUAUAGCUCCUUGAUGAAGGGAUUCUUUGAGACAGGUAAUAGCCAUAAAGCCAUUGAAGUGUGGAGAGACAUGGAAAAGAAUAAUUGUAUUCAGAAUGAGGUUUGUUAUAGUGUACUAAUUCAUGGGCUAUGCAAGAAUGGGAAUGUCAAGGAGGCAAUGAUGGUGUGGGAACAAAUGUUGGGGAAAGGAUGUAGGCCUGAUGUUGUGGCUUAUAGUUCAAUGAUACAUGGCCUUUGCAAGGUUGGGUUGAUAGAAAAGGCUUUAAAACUUUAUAAUGAGAUGCUUUGUUUGGAAUCUCAUUAUCAACCGGAUGUGAUCACAUAUAACAUACUUUUCAACGCUUUAUGUAAGCAGAGUAGCAUCUCUCAUGCUGUUGAUAUUCUAAAUAGAAUGCUGGAUCAGGGAUGCGAUCCUGACUUGGUUACGUGCAACAUAUUCUUGAGAAUGUUGCGAGAAAAGCUAGACCCACCUCAAGAUGGGCAGGAGUUUCUAGAUGAGCUUGUGGUUCGCCUACUAAAGAGGCAGAGAAUUUUAGGUGCUUCUAAGAUUGUAGAAGUGAUGUUGCAGAAGUUUUUGCUACCAAAAGCCUCUACUUGGGCAAGAGUUGUUCAAGUUCUAUGUAAAUCUAAGAAGAUUCAAGCAGUCAUUGACAAGUGUUGGAGCAACCUAUAUUGCUAAUGCAUUAAGUGUACAUAUCUUUUAUACUUUUACUGUGCAAAACUUACUUAGAUUCAAAUACCAUGUGAUUUUGGUUCAAUAACCUGGAUAUCAAACCCUAUUUCCUCCAUCACUUUGAGAGUGGUAUUAUAUGUGUUUGCACAUGUAUCAGUGUUUGUUGGCAUACUUAUUAUGUAUGUGCAUAGAUGUGGGUAUACAAAACAAUCAUUUAUAUGUU